UGAAAUACAAUUCCCCUUCAGUUGUACAGGAAGAGAGAGCCAGCUCACUCUGAAAUAUACAACUGCAGCUAUUGCUUCUCUCUCUCAUCUUACACAGCUGAUCCUGAACUGUCUCUUCAGAAACUAUGAAAAAAGGACACAUUUUGGAUGAUCUUGGUGUUUCUGAUGUGGAAAAAUCCAAGCUGAAAAAGGUGAAUUUAAAAAGAUGUAAAAUUUUGGCAGUGAGCAUUUGUUUGCUAAUCAUCAUUUCUCUAGUCCUGCUGCUAUUUGCUUUAAAGAAUUUUUGGCACCAUGUUCCUAAAAAGGUCUACGAUGUUGAAUACAAAUUCUUUGGUAAUGGGGAAAAGACGACACUACUGAUGGAAAUUGAUCCAGUUAAAAAAACUGAAACCUUUCGAACUGAAAAUGGCACAGAAGAAGCUAUUGAAAUCCAUGACUUCAAACAUGGCAUUACAGGAAUCUUCUUUGCUGGUCUGCAAAAGUGCUUCAUCAAGACACAGAUUAAAGAAAUCCCAGAAAUUGCUGAAACAGAGUUUGUAGAGCUUGAGGGAAGUGAGAUCACCACAACUAUUUAUGAGCAGUCAAUGGUUUGGAUCCCUGGAGAGAAACCCAUAGAAGACAAAGAAUUUAUGAAGAAUUCCAAAAUAUUUGAUGUAUGUAAGAAUGUGUCUGUGCACUGGAUCUAUCCCACCUCCCUAACAGAUCCCGAAUUUAAAGACUUCGAAGACAUGGACGAUGACUUGGUUUUAGAAAAAAAGGCAGCGUUAUCCAAAGAAGCAAAACACGAGAAAGCUGAGGCACAUCUUACGGGCAAUAAACGCCAUGCUCGAGAUCUGACUGAGGAAGAUUUGCCUGUUAAUGACUACAGAGAAGUUGGACUGGACUUUAACCCUAUGUGGGAUCACAGAGGAUUCUGCUGCAUUCACUGCCGUCGUGGUCAAAGAUACUGCCAACGUGUGUGUGAGCCCCUACUUGGCUUUUACCCGUAUCCUUACUGCUAUGGAUCAGGUCGUGUGAUCUGUAGAGUUAUCAUGCCAUGCAACUGGUGGGUUGCCAGAAUGUUAGGUCGUGUGUAGAGAAAUCAACGGAGCAGAUAUUUUGUUAUAAGAACUAACAUUUUGUACAAUUUUGGAGUCAUUUUGUAAAAUGGGAUAAUUUUGCAUUUUGUAGACCUUUUUAUAUCUAUAUACACUUUAACCCAUUUUCUUAUAUUAUAUUGUUCAAAAAUAUAUUACCUUUAAUUCUUAUAUAAAAUCAGCAAAGCAUCCUGUAUUUUUCAUUACUGAUUAAUAUAAUUUACUACAUAGAGCGAAUCUUCACUGUGUCAUGGUGCUUUUCAAGAAAUGUUCAAAUGGCAGGAAGCUUUGACAUACUGAAGUCAGUAUAUCAAGUAGACUACUAAUUGAUUGCCUCUUAUCAGUAAUUUACAGCCGUGCCUUUCAGCUUAGAGUCCAUUUAAAAAGGAGCUUUACCAUACUACAUUUAGCUUAUACGUAUUAUAUGAACCAUCCUUGUGUUUUUUACUAGAUUAUUUGACCCAUCCACAGUUUUCAAAGGGAUAACAAACCCGAUGUAUUGGUAGGGCUUACACUUUACUCCUUCGAUUGAUGAUCUAUUACUAUAUCAUUGCAUUUCAGUAUACACAACAUUCCAUAUUAGCAUGUACUGUAUGUAAGCCAUAUCAAUUGCUUUCAAUAAGACAAUUACAUGUUCCUCAGGAGAAUCAUGUCACCUAAUUACAUCCAAAAGAUGAUGCUGAUAUGUUGAAGCCUGUGAAAAGGAGACUACAAUAGCCAAAGCAUUUAAUAUUUCAACUCCUAUUAAAAUUUAGAAAUGGCAAUACAUAGAAAGAAACAUAUAAACAGUUGAAGCUAUACCUUGGCAAUGUAUCUUUAUAUUUAAUUGAAAAUAAAUGGCUGAUUGCAACCUGA